AUGAAGUAUUUGGUUAUAUUAGCAGUAGUAGUUGGUUGUGUUUACAGCCAAACAUCACCAACAGCAGCCGGUGGUGGUGCCCUCAACAAUUGGAACAACAACAAUGUAGGUUACGAUGGUUACCGUAACGACUACAACAACAAUGGCGGAUAUAAUGGCUAUGAUAAUACUUGGAACAAUGGCGGCCAAACCAUCACAGGUGCCGAUGGAGCCUAUCAUGGUACUACGGGUUACAAUAAUGGUUACAAUUCCAAUGGUUACGAUAACCAUGGCAGCAACAACAAUGGUUACUACGGUAGUUGCCAUGGAGCCAACUGUGGUCAUGGUGACAGCUACGGUCAUGGUGACUAUCACCAUGAUGAUUAUCACCAUAGCAACAGUCACUACCACGACAGUCAUUACCAUGGUGAUCAUUCUUCUUCGUCAUCAAACUUGGCCACAAGCCAAAUCCUGAGCAUCUUGUUAAGCUCUCUUGGUGGAGGUGGAUACGGAGGCAAUAUGGGCGGUUUUGGAAACUUCGGAAGCUUGGGAGGCUUAGGAAGUAUCUUCAAUGGAUUUGGUGGAUAUGGCAGCGGUUUUGGAGGCCUCUUCAAAAGGUACGAUUCCUUCGGCUUAGCAUUUGCAUCAUGGCAAAUAAUUGGGUUUGAGUUUAUUCAGAACAGCAGCAUAGAUAAGCCAUUAGGGCGACGUCAAAGGUUCUUGCAGUUGAAGAUGAAUUGUAUUUAUUGA